CUUGUUCAAAACCAAUCUACAUUUGAGAUGAGUUCGGUUCAAAGUAAUCAUCAUUGUCAUUCAAGUCCGCGUGUUUGUUUUUAAAGUCAAAUCCGGAAGUAAAGAAAGCAAGUGCGUCACACGCCGCGCGGCCACGCCCCCUCGCUAAAAAGGCCUCAGCACUACUUUGUCCCUCCGCGCCCACACUCACAACCACGCACUAUGUGUUCCGGUUCUGCUGACGGUGUCACGUGUGCAGGUCCGGCCAGGUCCACUUGCUGCAGUUAAUAUGAGCCCACGGGGGAGCCAUGGGACCCGCAGUGGACCUGUUCUACCUGACUUUACUGCUGUGGACCAGGAGAGGGACCGGACUGGCGGACUUCUCAAACUACCUGUCCAGGAUCCUGAGCACUCAUUCAGUGUGGGCCUGCGAUGGUCACCCAGUACGCCUCCACUGUCCUCGCCACUCCACCAUCUCCAUCCAUCACGUCUUCUACGGCUGCCUGGCGGACCACGCCCCCGUCCAGGCGGACCACGCCCCCGUCCAGGCGGCCCGGGACUGCGGCUGCUCGUCUCUGACCGUGCUGCAGCUGCUGUCGGAGUGUCAGAACCACAGAGACUGUCAGCUCCACCUCCACCACCUGCUCUUUGGACCCGACCCUUGUCCCGGGACCAGCAAGUACCUCCAUGUGGACUACAAGUGUCAACCCAGUGGCCCCCGCAUACUCUCAGUGGAAGAAGUUUGGACGCCCCUGACUUGGAUGAUGCUAACUUGCAAUUUGUCCUUGCUUUAGCGGAGCACAAGCGGCGAGUGGCGUGCGAGGGGGAGCUGCUGGUGUUACGCUGCAAGUCCCCCCGCGUGCUCAACAUCUACUCGGCGGUCUAUGGUGGAGGUCUAGACCUGGAGGACACCUGCCCCCCCACCCUGACCCCACACACCCUGUUUGACUGCCUGAGCCUGGACGCCGUACGUGUGCUCAACAAGCGUUGCUACGGCAAACAAAGGUGCGCCGUCGUCGUUGGCAACGAGACCUUCAAGGACCCCUGCCCCCCCGGAUCCAGGAAGUACCUCAGUGUGCUCUUCUCUUGCGUGCCUUGGAUUCUACUGAGGGAGGUGGACCCAAAUAUUGCUGCCCUCACUUCUUCAUCGCCUGCACUCAGCACAGAAGGUCUUCCAGUCCAUGUUGAUGUCCCGCAUCCCGAAGACUCCGGAGCCAUGAUGAGCACCUCCCUGGCCGCCUACGCCUUCAUCAAAGAGCAUCCAGACAUGGCGGCGCUGCUGUUUGCUUCCAGCGUCUGCCUGGGCCUCCUGGUCACGCUGCUCGCCGUCUCGGUCCAAGGCACCUGCGGGGGGCGCCGCCACAAAGGCCGCAGACUCCAGGAGGAUGACGACGACGACGACGAUGAUGAUGAUGACGACACGGAGGGAAGCUCGUCUGUCACUGACCACUGGGAGGAAGUGACGCUCGUGAGCGAGGCGGCGGAGAGGGCGGAGAGGAUGGAGCGCAGGGAGAUGAUCGUGCAGGAAAUUAGGAUGAACGCUUACUUGAACGGAGGCUACGGUCUGUAAGGGCGCCAUCCAAGAAGUGGAAUUAUUACUCUCCGAAUGUUUUCUACACGCACCUUUUGUAUUUCUCUCCAAGCACAACUAGAAGAUCGCAUUUUCGCUGUAUUUUGCCCCCUGGUGGCAGCUGUUGUAAUCACGUCUGCAAGCAAAUGAUUCCUAUACCUUUUAAGAGGGAGGUUGGCCAUUAAAAGACAUUGUUUUCUUUCAAAUACGUUGCAUGUUUUUCCCCCUAGUGGCAGCUGUUGUAAUCACGUCUGCAAACAAAUGAUUCCUAUACCUUUUAAGAGGGAGGUUGGUCAUUAAAAUACUUUGGUUUUUUUCUGUCUCUCAACAAAGGCAAACGCUUCUCUCUCCUUCAUCUCUCCUGUUUUUGCUUCUCUGCCUCCUCUUAACUUCCCUCUCUUUUUGCUCUGCUCUCUAAAAUCUGUGAAGUGGAAUUGAUCAACUGGCCUCUCAAAGAAAUUAACAUCAUUUUGAAAGAGAAGCUCAAAUUUGGAGGGAACCUGCCUGUCCUGACGGAACCUUUUGUUGCUGGAUACACGAUGGACUUUUCAGGGAGGUGGAGGGUUGUGUGUCUGGCCUGUUUGGAAUCAUGAUGACAGCACGGAGUAAACGCCUUGCUCUGGUCUGUCGACACAUUUGGAAAAGGAUUGAUGGGAUGGGCAGAGCUGUGGGCGAUUUCUGAGUCAAACUGCAAACUGGACAACAUCUCGGAGAAGCCCUCCACUCUGCAAGACGAUAUAAUGAUCCAUUUGAGGGCCAGAACAGACAUGGGUGAAUCUAUCGGAAUGUGUUUGCUCGCGCUAACGGGAUGGGCACAGCUGUGGGCAAUUUCUGAAUUAAACUGCAAACUAGAAAACACCUCGGAGAAGCCCUCCACUCUGCAAGACGAUAUAAUAAUCCAUUUGAGGGCCAGAACAGACAUGAUGAAUCUAUCGGAACGUGUUUGCUCGCGCUAACGGGAUCGGCACAGCUGUGGGCAAUUUCUGAAUUAAACUGCCAACUGGACAACAUCUCGAAGAAGCCUUCCACUCUGCAAGACGAUAUUAUGAUCACUUCGAGGGCCAGAACAGACAUGGAUGAAUCUAUCGGAAUGUGUUUGCUGGUGCUAACCAAAACCAACCACAACUUUGGCCCUCUCUGCAAGGUCGUCCUGUAAACACAGCCAGUGAGACCAUUGCAGUGAAAGACGCUCUGAAAUCCUUCCCGUCGAGGGUGUUUUGACUGGUCACUGUGGAAUGAGGCAGAGGGGCGUGGCUUCGAACGAAACGACUCCCACACACGCACCAAUGUACUGAUACCAUACAGAUACACCCCCGUGUGGGAUAAUGGGAGCUCCCUGCCCCCCUUUUGCAAGUCCUUUUCAACGUGGUAAUGUGUGCUUAUGUUGCUUGAGGUUUUUUUUUUCCUGGUUUCAAACUGAGUCUCCCCUUUCAAUAGAAGCUUAGUUUAGUAGUUGCUUUUUUUCUCUUCCUCCUCCCUGCCUGUUUACCUUUACUUCCUUCUUUUCAGUCUCCUGGUUCUGUCUGCACCUUUACACACGAUGUCUGCUCUGGUUGUACUUUUUAAGUGCAAACACAAUAAAGUCAAUGAAUGUUGGAAGGGGAAAAAAUGGCCUCACUACGUUGCAGGACUAGCUUUAAAAGCCUACUGAGAUGAGAUGUUCUUAUUUAAAGGGGGAUAGCAGCUCCAUUCUAUGUGUCAUACUUCAUCAUUUCACCAUAUUGCCAUAUUUUUGCUGAAAGGAUUCAGUAGAGAACAUCCACCAUAAAGUUGGCAACUUUUGGUUGCUAAUAAAAAAGCCUUGCCUGUAGCGGAAGUAGCAGACGAUGUGCGCGUGACAUCACGGGUUGUGGAGCUCCUCACAUCCCCACAUUGUUUAUAAUGUGAGACUCCAGCAGCCAGAGAGAUUCGGACAGAGAAAGCGACAAUUUCCCCAUUAAUUUGAGCGAUUUGUGGAUGAGGAAAGUUUGAGUGAAGCACAAAAAAAAAAAGAAAAAGCGACGGCUGCAGUGGGACCGUUUCAGAAGUAAUUAGACACAUUUACUAGGAUAAUUCUGGAAGAUCCCUUAUCUGCUUAUUGUUUUAAUAGUGUUUUAGUGAGAUUGUAAAGUCAUACCUAAAAGUCGGAGGGCUGCGGUGAACGCCAGUGUCUCUCAGAGAAGCCAAUGGAGGAACCAAGAUCGCAGCUGCCUUUUCGAGCUACAGGAUGAGGUCCCAUAAUCCACUGAAGCCUCCGGUAAGAGCCGACUUAAUAUCACAAUUUUCCCAUCCAAAAACUUGCUGGUUGACGUAGAGAAACAUGUUCGCCUGACCGCUCUGUGUUAAAGCUUCACAACAAACAAAGAAACACCGGCUGUGUUUCGGUUGCUAAAGGCAGCUGCAAUCCACCGCUUUCCACCAACAACAUUCUUCUUUGACGUCUCCAUUAUUAAUUGAACAAAUUGCAAAAGAUUCAGCAACACAGAUGUCUAAAUUUCUGUGUGAUUAUGCAAUGAAAAGAGACAACUUUUAGCCGUAAGUGGUGCUGGGCUAAUAUGUCGCCUCCAACCCGAGACGUCACGCACACACGUCAUCAUUCCGCGAUGUUUUCAACAAGCAACUCCGCGGGAAAUGUAAAAUUGUAAUUUAUUAAACUAAAGCGGCCGUAUUUUCAUGUGUUGCAAUGUUAAUAUUUCCUCAUUGAUAUAUAAACUAUCAGACUGUGUGGUCGCUAGUAGGACUUGAGCCUGACUGAAGGCGGAGAAUGACAAAAACAAGACGUUACCUCCAAACUCUGGCCAGCAGGCUUUUAUUGCGUGGUUCUCCCCAGCGACCACACGGACUUCCCGAGUGGGAACUUCCUGCGCCCGUGAGACAAAGAGAGGAAAGGUGUUGCAUCCUCGCUGUACUUUUACCAGCAACGAGCGGACCUCUGCAACAAAAGGCGCUUUAAUAAAAGAGUGUGACAUCAUCAAGUCCCUGCGGUGCUUAUCUGGGCCCCCAUUUAAUGUUGCUGAGGCCUUGGAACUGCUUCUUCAGGGCCUGCCUGUCGGACCACUCAGAGUCCAUGUAGGAGUCGUCGUCCGCCUCGUCCAGUUUCUGGGACAAAUGAUCCGUCGUAUAAAACAUGACUGCUGUGUGUGUGUUAAUGAGUGCUUUUCUUCACCUUGAGCUCCUCCUGCCUCCUGUAGUAAUGCAUCAUCAUCUGCUUGUGCUGCUCCUCACUCACCACAGGCUCCCUCGCCGGCGCCCCCUGUCCUUUCUGCAGGGAACAGCGGCACACUCCUCAUUACAGGAAGUGGGAGCGAUGAGCGAGUGAACCGAGCUAUCUCAAAAGGUCAAAUCACACACAAGUGAAUGCCAAGCAUACUUGGUCAACAGCCAUAUAGGUCACACAGAGUAGCCUUAUAAACAACUUGAACACUGUUACAAAUAUGCGCCACACUCUCAACCCACACCAAACAAGAAUGACAAACAUCCGCACCGUAACACAACAUAAAAAAUACCCAGAAACCCCUUGCAGCACUAACUCCUCCGGAUGAGAUAAAUAACAUUAUUUGAUAUUUUUCGGUAAUGUGUUAAUAAUUUCACACAUAAGUCGUUCUUGAGUAUACGUCGCACUCCGGCCAAACUAUGAAAAAAACUGCUACUUAUAGUCCCCAAAAUACGGUAUGCUCUAGUCAUACUUGCCAACCUUGAGACCUCUGAUUUCGGGAGGUGUUUGGUGGGGGUGUGGUUAAGAGGGGAGGAGUAUAUUUACAGCUAUAAUUCACCAAGUCAAAUAUUUCAUAUAUAAAAUAAAUACUUGAAUUUCAGUGUUCAUUUAUUUACACACAUAACACUCAUCUACUCAUUGUUAAGGGUUGAAUUGUCCAUCCUUGUUCUAUUGUCUGUCACUAUUUUUCUAACCAUAUGCAUGUACAGUAGAUGGCAGUAUUGUCCUGUUUAAGAGUGUCACAACAUUGCUGUUUACGGUAGACAAAAACGUGACUGCUGUUGUUGUGUGUUGUUGCCGCGCUGGGAGGACAUUAAUGAAGCUACCCAACAAUAAACCUGCAUAAGAAACCAAGAA